CCGAGACAAGACUGGCACAGAGGGACGUCAUUGGAUAUACAGAGUGACCAACAUAUAAGAAACAAGUGCAGCUCCUUGGCCAGCGACAUGCACCUUACACCUGGUGGGGCCCCCGACUGGUGCCCGGACCCCCGAGUUUUAAAAGUUACAGUCGGGGGUCACUGCGUCCAGAAAGAGACCCGAUCCCCGGUGUCGCGUGGCUCCAGAAGGUACCUGAUCUGCUUGGAUUUGCUGUGCCUCUGUAUAGUCUCUAUACCCUUCCUCAUAUGCGAGUUGGGCGUGGUGGCCCCUAUUCACCGGGGGUUUUUCUGCGACGACACUACAAUCCAAUUCCCCGUCAUCCACCAGGAAACCAUUAGCGACACGGUACUGAUCAGCGUUGGGAUACUCAUCACCGGGGUGACGAUUGCACUGGGGGAAUGUUACCGGGUCAGCCGGCAGAAUAACUCUAAGUCCCGACCCAGAGAGAGCUACUUAGCUGCUGUCUACUGCCAACUCCUUCCCUUCUUGUUUGGUUCUGCCUUGGGGCAGUCCAUAACCAACGCGGCCAAGCUCAGCGCCGGGCGCCUGAGGCCCAACUUCCUGUCGGUGUGCCAGCCGGAAGGCCUGAACUGUACCACCGGGUUCAUAGAAACCUACAGAUGCACCGGGGAUGCGGGAGCCGUGACUGAGGCCCGAAAAUCCUUCUAUUCCGGGCAUGCCUCGUUCUCUAUGUACUCCAUGUUGUACCUCACGUUUUAUCUACAAGUGCGGCUGACGUGGCGUGGCGCUCGCCUUUUGCGCCCCCUGGUGCAGUUCGUUCUGAUCCUCGUGUCCCUAUACACCGGUUUCACCCGUAUCUCUGACUACAGGCACCACCCGUCAGAUGUGGUCGUUGGUUUCCUGCAGGGGGCGCUGGUCGCAUACUGGGUGGCUUUUCACAUUUCCGACCUGUUCCGCAAGAAGAAAUCGGAGUACGUCACCGUCCCUCCCCGGCCCGAGAGCCCCGAAACUUUCACCAACUGCUAGGGCUCCGAGGCACGGCGCGAGAGACAGCUUGGUCUGCGGUCAGGGGGGGCCACGCCCGUCACCUCAGGCAGCACUGCCGACCAGCGGAGCGAUAAAAGGAAGCAGAGCAGGUUAAAGAUGGAAGCCGUGAGGGUUUCGCAUCCUGGCGCGUGUGGCGUAACGGUUGCGGCGCGGACUGACUGUUAUUGGCUCCGCUGAACAUUAUCUCCACCAACCAGGGGCAACACCUGCUCCUUUCUUAGGAAGGAGAAUAUUGUAUAGGGGGUUAAAAUUGCCCCCCUGCCACCCCCCAAAGGGCAUUAAAGAGAUUGACAGGGCAUCAUCACUACAAUAAGUGGGACAUUAACAGCACUUAUGUUCAAUUGGUCCUGCACCAUAACCCCCCCCCCACCCCCCCAGCAGGACCGGGGGCACAUGUAUGUUACAUAUUCUUUCUUAUUGGCACUUUUUGCAUGCAACUUGCUCAUAAAAUUGAAUUCUCGAUGAAUUCACGCGUUUCGCCCCCACCGGAACCGGCCUCAGGCUGCAUGGUCCCCAAUGACCUUGUUACGGCUAGUCUUAAAGGGGUUGUUCACCUUUGAGUUAACGUUUAAGAUGUAGAGAGGAAUAUUCUAAGAAUAUUUGCAAUUGGUCUUCAUUUUUCCAUAUUUGUGGUUUGGUAGUUAUUUUACUUUUUCCAGUUUGGAAUGGCGGCAGUUAUCUGGUUGCUAGGGACUGAGUUACCUUUGCAACCAUGGAGUGGUUUGAAUGAGAGACUGGGAUGUGACUAGGAAAGGACCUGAAUAGAAAAUAAGGAAUAAAAAUAAUUAUAAAACCAUAAAAAUAAAUAAUGAAGACCAAUUGAAAAGUUGCUUAGAGUUGGCCAAUCUUGAAGGUAAACCGCCCCCUUUAAACUCUCCACCAGGAAAGCAGGGAUCCCAAAGCCCCCCCAUGAUGCCCCCCCAGCUGUAACUACAACAAAUCCUGCAUCAAACAGGUCUAACCAAUCGGCAGAACAAACAGCAGAGACCUUCUCCUGCUAUGAUAGUCGCCCGCACCAGUAAGACAUUAUCAGUCGAUACUGCCACCUCCACCCGCUAGGCAGUUUUUGGAGUUAUUACCCAUAACUCCACUCUUUAUGGAGGGCUGGUUUGUUUUAAAAGAAUCACUUCAGCUGCCCGUCACCAAUUGGAGCCUCUCAAGUGUUGGUGGAGAAUGUGCCCCACCAGAAGUGCCAGGGAAUGACGUAUAUAUGUACAUUUGUGGGUGAAUAUGUACAACUGGCUGGCCAGUUCUGCGUAAAACAAAAA